CGCUCUUUGCCCCUCGACUUUGAUAUCUACUGAACAAUUGUUGAAGCUGCGCGACCAAAACACCCCUAGCAACAGUCUUUGAGACCAUGCAUUGCCACUGGUAACGGCGGCGUAUUAUCUGCAAUGCUCUGAAUCCCUGUUGAAUCUUACAAUUCGUCCCGGACAGCCUGCGCGCCAAGAUGUCCGUUCUCCGUCAUGGAGGUUCGUACCUCCAGCGACGCCUUACCAAGAUGUAUACAGACACCAAGACCUCUUGCGAGAGUGUGACGACUGCCUCAAAAGCUGUUGAUGACCCAGAGCUAGUUGCUCUUCACCGGAGCUUUCGAACACAGAGAGACAGGCUUCUAGCAUGGGGUCUAGAUUGGAGCGACGCCAGCGCUGCACAGCCGAACGAUAUCGAUGAAUCGCUAACACAAGCUGGCUACAGCGAUGUUGUUGCCAGUGUCAUGUCUUCUAUUCAAGAGCUUCUCAAUGAAGCAGAACGCAUUCAGCAUGCAGGGACCUCCGACCUACCCCCCAAAGGCGUUCGGUCAGACCCACCCUCGAAGGAUGGUCUUAGUAGUCUGCCACUUAAGACGCACUGGACUGACGAAGAUAUCAAUCGGUCUAAGCAUCUUCUCGCCGACCUAACCGCUUGCAUUGAUACACUUUACGAUCUGUCCCGCUCACGACGCAACAUGACCUCCAGUGGACAGUCGGCUGCCAAGGCUAGGUCACGACAAUAUCCUGGGUCAACAGCAGAGGAUACCAUCUAUACCGUUUUCCCAGAUUCUAAACCAUAUCAUGGCGCCUCUAUUGACUCCAAGCAUCCCAAAACACAGCUUGAAUAUUCACCGUUUUCCAAUCGCGCUGCCACCGCCCUCGAAAAGCCACAACUCGAUAAGCCAUUCAGCAAGAUAUCCCUAACUACGAACCAAUACAUUAUCGAUCGUUCGGCUCUGCAACUUUCCGGAGCAUCCCACGACAAUAGUCCCCCACCCUACGAAAUGGUAGCCGCCUCCACCAAUUCCCGGGCCAUUGGGCGCAUGAAUACAUCAGCAUCACCUUUUCUGCGGGGUACGAAAGAUUCUACUGUCACCAUUCUGGUUGAGUUUACUCCCAUGAUGCUUGAGAACUCAGGGGCGUCUACUGCGCCAGGAAUUCAACGGCUAGAUCAUGUGCAUCAGACUCUUGACCAGCUUGUCCAAAACGCCCGGGUUUCCCAUCUGGGCUUGUUGAAGUUUCUCGGCUACUAUGUUGAUAUGCCUAACUCCCGGUAUGCCUUUAUCUAUCAGAUGCCGGUUGACUACUUUCCGUUCUUACGCAACCCUACCGAUCUAUUGAACGGGCUAAAACCCAAGCCUUUGUUGUCGCUCUUCCAGUCGGGUGAAGAGUAUCACGUACCUAACUUAGAAACACGCUUUCGCUUGGCUUAUGACCUUUUAAUGGCUGUUUUGCAAUUACGGAGCCAGAACCUUGUGCACGGAAAUAUAAACAGCAGCAAUGUUCUUGUCUUCCCUGGGUUGACAAACUCAAAUACCGAUGAAGUUGGACUCACAGAGAACUUGCGGCGUCCUUACCUCACCUCGUUCGCUCAGUUCUCCGGGACCAGCUCAUCUCCUGAGCCUCUUUCAUCAAGCAUGUAUCGUCAUCCGGAUGAUAAGAGGUCUCUGGGAGAUGACGCUGCUUGGGCAUAUGACCUUUACUCGCUUGGUCUGGUAUUGAUGGAGAUCGGGCUAUGGACGCCUAUCAGUCGUUUGUGGAAGAUGAAGUACAACAACUCUAUGUUCAAACAAAGGAUCGAAAAUGUUUACCUUCAGAAGCUGGGUCCCAAGUGUGGCAGCGCAUACCUUCACGUGGUACAGCUCUGUCUAGAUGCACCCAAUUUCCAUCUUUCAACACAGCCGUUCGAUGACUUCAACCUCAGGAUUCCUCAAACAUUUCACUAUCCUGUGUUAGAUCUAUCCGAGCCUGACAGUAUCUUCUCAUUCUCCAUGAACUUCAUUUACACUAUGUCCAAGAUCGUUUGGUCUUGCUGCAGGAUCGAUAUUUUCUCGGCACCCGGGGCUGAGGAGUUGGAUGAUUGCCUCCCACUUGCUCUCGUUCCAGGAUCAGAGCCCGCGGCAACGAAGGAGCCUAUCAGGGACUAUAACCCCAAUCCCGAGCCCUUUGUUCCAUAUACCGAACCAUUUGCCACGCUUCCUACUGCCGAAAUGAAACUGAUAAGAGAAAAGAUGGGCUUGGAUGAGAGGAAAGUGCGGAAGAGAACGUUUAAGAAGCUCACCAAUGUUGAAAUACCUCAGGAGCAUCUCAACGAAUGGAACUUUCAGAUGUUACCUCGGCUGAGAAAACUUCUACAAAAGAUCUUAAAAGACUCGUCUGAGUCGUGCAGUGUCACUCUCAUGAUGACAGGCGAAGCCCCCGACAGUGCCAGGACGACAAUCUGCGUGACGUGUGCUAGCGCGAAAAAAGUCAGGGCUGCCUUGAAAAAAUACUUUGCUCUCGAUCGGGAAGAUUGGGAUCUGAUCGUCCUUCGUGGCGACAUUCAACGCUCAAAAGUCCCUCGGAAGAAACGUCGUAGGCCAGCAAAAUCUGGUCCCGAGAGAAACGACGUGCCUGCAUCCUUUCGUCCGGACCCAAACCCUUUGUAUCAGCCUCGGCCUCUCUGCGGUGCCUCCAUAGGUGCCUUCAUGAACGAAGAGCACCUACCUCCGGUAACUUAUGGCGGGGCUAUUUUGGUGGAUGGAAUGCCGUAUGGUAUGACAGUACACCAUAUGUUGGAGUCGCCCAGUGAUCAGGAGGACGGCGAGGAUGAAGAUCCCGGUGCUCCUCUCCGAUCGGCAGGGAACUGGUCUCGAGAUCCCACACCCCAGGAAGCAGAAUUCAUGUACAGCUGGUGUGACGAAAAUCCGUCGGAACUUGAACUUGAGAUCUCGGAGGACGAGGAUGGCGACGAUAAUUCCAUCUCGCUUAGCCUAGAAGGGACUUACGACGACUUCAACCUUUCUGAUGGAUUCUCCUCAGAUGAGGACGCAUUUGACAUUGAUGAGGAUGAAGACUCGGCCUCUGUAGGUGACACGGCUGGUAUUGAUCCAGGCGACGAGCCACCGUUAUUCGUCACCCAGCCAGCGAUCGACGAUGUUCACGAAGAUUUUUUUCCGUGUCCUGAAGAUCGUGACGACGAACAUCUAGCCUCUCACUCUCUUGGAUUUGUCCAUGCUUCUUCUGGUGUCAGACGCUGGACACGCAAAGGCAUCAAGCAUGAGAUUGAUUGGGCCUUGAUCAAGAUAAACGAUGAUCGGAUUGAUGCGCGUAACAUAGUGUUCAGUCAACGUCCUAUGCAACAGGCUGAAACCAUUUAUUUGAACGAUAUUGCACGCCUCGAAGAUCUUGGUGGCUUGAAAGUUCAUUGUUGCGGUCGAACCAGCGGUUUGCAAACUGGACAGAUAUCUCGAGCAAUGACAAUAGUAAAACUCCAUGGCCGACAGACUUUCUCGACGAGUUUCUGUGUAGACGGGAGCUUCGGUGUUCCCGGCGACUCAGGAGCAUGGGUCUUCGAAAAGUCAACCGGUCGAGUAUGCGGCCACGUCCUAGCUUGGUCGGAGAAAAGCCACACGGCAUACAUCGCCCCAAUGGAAGUCAUGUUAGAGGACAUCGCCCGCACCCUGGACGCGACAUAUGUCAGUCUACCAGGCUAUCCGCAUGAGUCUUUCUCGUAUCCCGCGCCCGGUUCCUCCCAUUUUGAACCUCAAAACCCAAGAUAUCGCGCCCCGCCCCCACUGCCAGAGCAGCUUCCAGUUGAUAUCGGACGUCUACGUAUAGAGGAUCCUAGUAUGGGCCCGGUGCACCCCAGCCGAGCCCGAGAGGUUUCCACCCCAUAUCGAGGAAUGCCACCCAUCCUGACUCCACCCCGCAGCUUGGAGAGGCAGCUCGCAUAAAAUUUCGUUCUUUUUCGUUUCCCUUCCUUUACUCUCUUACAUCAACCUUCAUACCGCAUUUGUGUUGUCUUCUAUACCCCUUCUCUCCCUUUUUCUUUUUCCUUUUUUUUGAUCCACUUUUCAGUUGCUAUCUCGAACUCUCUAUAUCGUCAUUCGUGACUCUUGGAUCUGGCUCGGCAUUCUGCUAUUCUGUUCUUACCUUUUUUUAUGGUUAUGAUUAUACAUGAGUGGAUGGGAAAGAACUAAAUAAUACCCCUUUGCGCAUUUGUUACAUAGUUUCUAAUCUCACUUUCAUCAGACAAUGAGCGAUCUACUUCCUCGGGCUUCUAUUACUCUCCAUUUAUCUCUCUCUCAUUCUACUGUGCGAUCAGAACAAGAUUUCAUCGUCUUGAAAUUGACGUCCGGAGAAACAUAGUUGUACAUAGAUAGGGCUGGGUCUGAAUAUACUGGAUAGUCAUUCAAGAAUCUUUCUAUGUACUAAGAUUCAGUUGUUGAUAAGGAUAUGCCCCAGCUGAUGCUUUGGAGUAUCCAUAGUCUAUUUUCUGCUCAUUUAAAUCCAGGAUCGUUUUUUUUUUUUGGUUUUAGAU